UGGAGUAUGAUUUAGGAUCCAUUUUUUUCACAGUUUUGGCAAUUGGGAUUUUUACCAUUUAUUGUUUGCUAAAGAGAGCAAAUGACUGGUUUUACACUAGCAAAUUUAGUUCAAACAAGUACUACUGCAUACCUCCAGGUGACAUGAGCUGGCCAUUUAUUGGGAAUAUGUUCACUUUCUUUACUACUUUCAAAUAUGGUGAUCCUGAUUCAUUUAUCUCUUACUUUACCUCUAGGUAUGUCUCCUACCAUAAUUAUCCUCUUCUUUUAGGAAAAAGAUAUUUUUAAAAAAAACAUCAUCUACUAUAUGAGUAUUUUAAUUUUGCCCUCAUUUAUGUACUUUCAUAUCCUUGCGGUCCGCAAAUCGUAUUGUAGUUUUCGUUGACCCAGACGGAGCUCUAAUUUGACGUAUAACGAGGAUAAUUUUAAACCAACCAAAAGUAGAUUGGUAAAUUUGAAACUUUUUCUCAAAUUAUUUUAAUAUGUAGAAUUCAUCUAGUGCACGCUAUAGCAUCGUUCAAGUUAAGGAUAAAUAUGAAACAAGUUGCUAAUAACCAAAGUAUAACGGAGGAUAAAAUAGGAUAUUUCGUACAUUAGAGGGGUAAAUUUGAAUAUUUCUUCCUUUCUUUUAUAUUAAAAAAAAAAAAUUCAACUCGGUGCGCAAGGCAUCACGAAGGAACCCGGUAUGUGAUGUAGACAGCCUAUCCUAAUGCAAGCAUUAGCGGCUGCUUACACGGCUCGAAUACGUGGCCUAUAGGUCACACAUAAAUAACUUUACGGUUGCUCCGUUGCUCCCUUUCUUUCUUCCUUUCUUUUUGCUAUUGGCUUAACUAGAUUGAUUUGAUUUCUUUAGUGAUAGCAAUCUAACAAUCUUUAUUAUUUGGUCAAAAAUAUGAAAUAUAAUGAAGGUAUGGACAAGGAGGAAUGUACAAGGCAUUUAUGUUUGGAAUGCCAAGCAUCAUUGUCACAAAACCAGAAAUAUGCAGGAAAAUCUUGAUGGAUAAUGAAAACUUUGAGUUGGGUUGGCCUGAAUGUUAAAUCUAAUUGGAAAGAAAGCAUUACAUGGAAUUACAAAUCAAGAACACAAGCGUCUUCGUCGAAUAACAACAGCUCCAAUUAAAGGUCAACAGGCAUUGUCAUUGUAUCUUGGUCUAAUUGAGGAAGUUGUGAAGAGUUCAUAUGAAAAAUGGGCUGAAAUAGGAGAAAAACCAGUUGAGUUUGUAAGUAAAAUGAAGAAGGCUACAUUUGAAGUGAUUAUAAGAAUUAUGAUGGGUAGUGAAAUUGAUCCCAAAUGGUUAGAUAUGGUGGAAAAAGUGUACAAAAUUUAUUCACAUGGUUUUAUGGCUCUACCUAUCAAUCUCCCUGGAUUUGCUUAUCAUAGGGCAUUCAAGGUUAGAUCUAUCUCCCAUUUUUAUACACCCUUUACUAGAGACAGAAACAAAAUUUUAAGUCAGUGGGCGCAAAGUACCACCGCAUUCACUAAUCAUAUGUGACAAUGGGUGAGUACUAUAGUAUCGAUAUAUAGUUUUUGAAAGUUCACAAUAUAUAAUAUAUAGAGUUUGAGGGUGUGUUUGAUAUAGAGAAACAUAUUUUCAGAAAGUAUGUCGGGAUCUAUUUACUUUUGAGGCAGUUUCAAGUUUAAGCUGAUCGAGGUUCAGUAAAAGGCCACUUGUCAUCACGAUCUUGUUAAAUGAGGGAGUAAGCAGAUCUUGUUAUCACUUUGGACGGAAGUCAUUUUCCUUUACAACUAUCUCAACUCGUAACUUCAUAUCAUUGCUCUAACCAACACAUUAGACAUUAUUAUCAAUCUUUAAUACUCAAAAUUUUCAUCAGAACAUUAUCCGGUUUGGUAAUAAAAUUAUCAAUCUUUAAUAAAUAUAUUUUUUUCCGGAAAAUAUUUUUCAUUCUCCAGGACAUCGGAAAAUAAGCCAUAUUUCAGAAAAUGACUUCCAUCAUACCAAACACCCAAAGUCGAAGAAUAAGCAUUUGCCCCUGCACUUCCCCUAUUAGAGAAAAGGGAAAACUGCACUCCUAUGAAAUUUUAAGAGGUUAAAGCUGAUGUUUGUUUCUUAAUCACUAACUUGUGUUCCCUUCUGUUGUUGUGGCACUAGGCUAGAGCAAACUUAAUCAAGAUAUUUCAAUCAGUAAUAGAUGAAAGAAAAGUCAUGAAUAUGAGGGAUAAAUCAAGAGUAAAGUGCAAUAUGGUGGAUUUGAUUAUGUGCAUUGAAGACGAGGAAGGCAAAAGAUUAAGCGAUGAGGAGAUCAUCGACUUGUUAAUUGUGUAUGCAUUUGCAGGUCAUGAAACUACUGCUCAUACUACAGCAUGGGCUAUUAUGUACUUAGAACAACAUCCUGAAUUCUUCCAAAAAGCUAAGGAGGAACAACAGGAAAUUGUUAAGAAUAGGCUGCAUUCUGAUAAAAAUCUAAGCUACGACGAGAUUAGACAGAUGAAAUAUCUAACCAAGGUGAUUGAUGAAACUCUACGUUGUUCUAAUAUCACCUUAGCGAUUUAUAGAAACGCGAAAAGGACCAUCAACAUGAAUGGGUACACCAUACCGAAAGGAUGGAAGGUAUUGACUUGGAUUAGGCAAGUUCAUUUGGAUCCUAACAAUUAUGUGAACCCCAAAGAGUUUAAUCCUUUAAGAUGGGAUGCUCAUGAGACAAAGCCAUUUAGCGCCUUUCUUCCCUUUGGAGCAGGCCCCCGGUUGUGCCCCGGAGCAGAGUUGGCUAGGCUUGAAGUUUCAGUAUUUCUUCACUAUUUUCUUCUUUACUAUAGGCUUGAGCGGCUUAAUCCAGAAAUAAGGGUGGCGUAUCUACCGAUUCCUAGUCCUACUGAUAAUUGUCUUGCAAGACUCAAGAAGCUCUCAACAUCAUGUCAAUAAUCAUUGCAUCUUUCUCUAUUUCAUGUUGAGCCUAAACCACAUUCUUGUCUACAAACAAAUCUAUUUCAUUGGUGGUACUCGAUGGAAUAGUGAGGUGCUCACAAGCUCGUUGAUGCCACAUUUAUCAACAAAAAAAAUUACGCCUCAAUCCCAAACAAGUUGGGGUCGGCUAUAUGAAUCCUCACCGACUGACAAUGUAACUCCAGUUAAGCUCAUUUCAGGACACACCACCAUUAUCAAAAGAAAAAGAUUCAUUUAACUUGUGUACCAUGUUUUCCUUGUGUUGUUGUAGGGCAUUUUAGACCUGCUUGUAUGUCUGUUAGCUAUAAGUCUUCAAUUUGUUU